CGCCCCUUGCGGUCGAUUUUUUAAGCCACACAACCAUAUGAUUGUCAUUUUUGUCUCAGGGCAAUAAUGCUUCAGGACUGAUGUGGAAUUUUUUAUUUAUUUUCGUUGUAAGGAUGCGGUGACCCUCUCUGCUCGUCGAACAAAUCUUUCUUUGUGAGACUCGUGAAAGAUAGCAAAAAUGAGCGACCUCUUCAAGUCUGCUAUGGGCUACUUCAGCUCCAGCUCAGUCCCUGGAGAGCCCACUGGUCAAGGCAAUGAGUUUGUAGGCCAAAUUGUGCAAAUCAACAAUGUGAAACUACGAAUAAGAAAACUUAUCGCUGAAGGUGGAUUUGCGCUUGUCUUUGUUGCUCAAGAUGUGAACACUGGCAAGGAAUAUGCUCUCAAGAGAAUGAUGGCAGCGGACGAGGAAGCAAACAAGAAUAUUAAUCAAGAAAUUAAUAUUCUUAAAAAACUGAAUGGACAUGCAAAUGUAAUUCAGUUUAUGAUAGCUCAUCAAGUUGAAAAAUCAAGAACACCGCACGGCAUGACAGAGUAUCAGAUAGUGACAGAACUAUGCACAGGUGGUAGUCUUAUAGACGUUUUGAAUCUUAGAGCUGGAAAUCCUCUUCCUCCUAUCACUGUGUGCCAGAUUUUCUGGCAAACCUGCAAAGCUGUUCAACACAUGCAUGCACAACAGCCUCCAAUUACUCAUAGAGAUUUAAAGAUUGAAAACCUCUUGAUUGGUGCUAACGGGCAAAUCAAACUAUGCGAUUUCGGCUCAGCAACAUUUCAAACAUUCCAUCCUGACAUGACAUGGUCUGCAACGCAGAGGAGUUUGCUUGAAGACGAGAUGGCAAAAUUCACCACACCAAUGUACCGAGCGCCUGAAAUGUUGGACACCUGGGAUAAUAGGCCAAUCACUUCAGCAAGCGAUGUUUGGGCGCUUGGCUGCGUGCUCUUCAUGCUUUGCUACUUGAAACACCCCUUUGAGGAUUCUGCCAAGCUGCGAAUCCUAAAUGGAAACUACACCAUCCCUCCUGGAGACACUAAAUAUUCCUGGUUCCACGACAUCAUCCGUGGAUGUCUGCAGGUGGAUCCCGAGAAGAGACUUAAAAUUUCAGAUGUUCUGGAAAGACUUGCUGCUAUUUGCGAGAGUCACAACAUUGAUGUCAAAGAGCCACUGAAAUUGUCAGGAAAGAGACUGGACACCCCUAGUCCCACACACCCUACUCCUAGUCCAGCAGCUAACCAUCCUGUCAGUGAGGAGAAGCCACCCCAGCGACCUCCGAGACCGUCACAGAUGCCACAUCGCCUCAGCAGCCCAAGCGAGACUCAUCCUCUGCCUCAGAGGCCAGAGAGGCCGGAGAGACCUCUGCCUCCGGCUCCUCAGCAACCUCAGGCCGGUGGACUGUUUUCCUCUAUCAAGGGUGGUGCUGGAAGCUUUUUGAAAAACCUCAAGGAUACCUCCUCAAAGGUCAUCACGACCGUCCAACAGAGCAUUGCGCGGUCCGACCUAGACCUUAGUUACAUCACGUCAAGGCUCGCUGUGAUGAGCUUCCCUGGCGAAGGGCUUGAAAUUACCCACAGGAACAGCGCGGAGGACGUCCGAGCCCUGCUUGAAACUAGGCAUGGAGGAUAUUUCAUGGUCUUCAAUGUAUCUGGCCGAGCCUACAAUCCAGCAAGACUUGGCGGGCGAGUAAUGGACUGCAACUGGCCUGGAAAAGGAAGGGCGCCACCACUGGCAACUCUCUACUCCACCUGUUCAGCGAUGCUUGAAUUCCUGGGCAAGGACAACCGAAAUAUAUGCGUCGUACACUGCAUGGAUGGCAGGGCUUCCUCUGCCCUUGCUGUGAGUGCUCUGUUGAUGUAUUGUGGACUGUUCAAGAGACCGGAUGAUGCCGUUCAAAUGUUUGCCGUCAAGAGGUUCCCUCCCAUUCUAAACCCUUCAGAAAUGAGGUACCUUUACUAUCUGUACAACAUUCUGCAGCCGUCUCCGUUGUUACCUCACCGAAUGCCAGUUCACAUUGUUUCCCUGAUCCUUCAGCCUGUGCCGAUGUUCACAAAGGUCAAGGAUGGCUGCAGACCAUUUAUUGAAAUCUAUCAAGAUGAUCACAGAGUGUACACUACUAUCCAGGAGUAUGACCGAAUGACCAUGUAUCACAUUACGGAGGGCAAGAUCGCACUCCCAAUUGGAUUACCGGUCCAAGGAGACAUUACAAUUAUAGUGUACCACGCACGCAACACUAUCAGUGGAGUCAUUGCACAGGGUAGACCCUCUGGUAUCCGGAUAGGCCAGGUGCAGUUCCACACAGGCGUAAUUGCGGAAGAGAUGACAAGCCUGAAGUUCCAACAGUGUGAGCUGGACGAGAUUGAAGUCAGUCCGGACCACUACCCUGAAAAAUUCUCAAUUACUGUAAGUGUGUUUGUCUCCGAUGAAGCGAAGAAACCGUCGCGGCCCGAGACGUGGCUCGAUCACCACACUAAAACUCUAUCUCCAGACCUCUUAUUCUCCACCAAAUUAGAAAAAGAAGAAGCAGUAGAAACAUUUGUGCAUGUCCCGUCGAAGCCUCCUCCACGACCUGCAGCGCCUCACCCUAAUCAUUCUACACCACCUCCAGUGCCGCCUCACGCCAAUCCACCUCCUAGGCCACAACCGCCUGUGAUUCAGAAACCUGAGGAGGAGCCAGAGGCUGAGCCUGAAAUAUCUAAGGAGGAGGGCAAAGAAGCAGCUGAGAAGUUGUUAGAAGAUGACCUUCUGGGUUUGAACCUGAACCUGAGUGAGCCAAGCAAUAAUGAAGGCGCCCCUGUCAGCCUGCCCAAACCGUCAAGCAAUGUUGACUUGCUAGGAGGAUUUGGAACCGGAGCAGAUACUUUCUUCGCUCCUGACGCACCGCAGCCCAAACCAUCUGAUGAUUUGUUUGAUCCAUUUGGAAUUUCGGAAAAUCAUGGCAUGACGAGCUCCCAUGGCAGUGACAGCAAUCUUCUCGGCGGCUGGGCGAAUGUUGCACCUGCAAAUUCUAAUGGUAACGGCUUUCCCAGAAACUCCAGCAAUCCAAAUAUGGAGACAAAGAGCAAGGAUCCCUUUGCUGAUUUAGGUUCGUUAUCAGGCCUGGCGCCAGGAACUGGGGGCUGGAAUAUUGGCGGCGGCUCUUCGAAAACAAGCCCCUUGAACGGCAGCCCAAGUGUUUCCCCUAUGGUUGGCUCUCCUUCCCAUAAACCAAGUACAGGCCCCACCUGGAACGCACCAGCAGCAAACACAGUCAAGUCUCCAUCUGGAACACCGAUUCACCAAAUGAAAUCUCCUAGCGAACCCCAACGACCUGACUACAGCCGGUCGCAUUUUGACACUGCAUUCACAGACAAGCUGGGAGGAACCGGCGUCAGACCAAAACCAUCAAACGCCUUUGAGGAUUUGCUAGGUUCUCAGGGCUACACGUUCACCUCCACCAGAGAGAGUGGGCCAAAGACGAUGAACGCCAUGCGCAAAGAGGACAUGGCUCAAACCAUGGAUCCAGACAAACUGAAGAUUGUGGAGUGGACGGACGGCAAGAAGAAGAACAUCAGGGCUCUUUUGUGCUCGAUGCACACGAUUCUGUGGGAGGGCACGACUUGGAAAUCUGUUGGCAUGCACCAGCUGGUGACCGCGGCUGAGGUCAAGAAAACCUACAGGAAAGCUUGUUUGGCUGUUCACCCUGACAAGCAAAUGGGUACUGAUAAUGAAAACAUGGCCAAGCUGAUUUUUAUGGAGCUGAACAAUGCCUGGAGUGAAUUCGAAAGCGACCCUGCUACCCAACAAAUAUUUGGCUAAUUUCAAUGUCUCUCUUUACUGCACCAGACAAAUUGAGGUUUAAUUUUAAAUUUAUGCUAAAGCCUUCCGUCUGUUUAAGAUGUGCUCUUUUCUGUUAUAAGUUAGCAUUUAAUUAGCAGAGGAGAAAUGCUAUCGUGACGUUGGAAAAUCUGGUGUGUAAUAUAAGUUUCAAAACCUAUUUUGUUACAGUUUUUUUCGGUGCUAUUUAUUUAAAGCAACUUGGACACGAUGAUUUUUGGCGAUGCUAUUCAAAAUAAACAGACAUAGCUGCGAUGUAAUACAUGAAUAUACUGUAUGAAAUAUAUGUAACCAUUCACUAUCUACCAAUUAACAAGAUUAAGUAAAUUUGAUCUUGUGCUCUUGAAGUGAGUAGAAAUGAUACUAGAACCGAUAAUUAAUGAAAAACAUCAAGUUAAACAAUAUAUAUUUUGAGGCUAAUCAUAACCAUAGCAAAAGCAAUGUUGUUGUGAUCGAACUGGCAUCGAUCAAAAUUAAAUUAAAAAAUGAUAACUCUGCAAGUUUCUAUCCUGAUGUUAUCCAAGUGCAAUCUCAAAAUGUGAGUGUAGUUCUGAGGCAUUCCAUUGCAAUGUUUUCUCUUUGUUUUGAAUAGGAGAUUUAUGUAAUAUUAAAUUAUUGACUUGUAAAUUGGUGAUCUAAGGAGCAAAGUAAUUUAUUUACUAUGAUUUACGUGGAUGAUGGAUAAUGAAAAUCGGAUUAAAAUGGAGUAAGUUAAAAAAAUCAAUCUUGGAUUCUGAAACUUUUUGAUUGAUCUCUCCCUGAUGCUAUAUUUUAGUAAUUUCAAGCCAACAUGUUAACCAGAGUGUUGCCUGUAUCCCUGAUAAUAUCUUGGUUGCAAAUAAAAGUCGAGCUAUUUUAUUGUUACACAA